UAACCCGGAAACACACACACGGAUGUGGUAGAGGAGGUAGGCGAAUAUUGAAGGCGUUUAUGCUGCAAAGUCAUCUGAAAUCAUUGCAUAAAAACACAUUUUAUCUUCCAAACUCAGAGGAGACUUUUUUCAAACCCUUAAGGAGAAUGUCAAAAUUAAGAAGUCAACCCCUUCAGUCUGUUAUGAUGUUUGGCUCAUCCAGGAGUUAAUAUUUUUUGAAUGCCACAUGAUGAAGAAUGUAACUUUUGAUGAGUUUCACUGGACCAAGAACUGUAUGAGGAUGCUGAAUUAAGAUUUGGGAAUUCUCCGGUCACCUUUUGUCCAUCAUGUUUGUGACAGCAUACCUUGCAUUUAUAGUCCUGACGGGACUGUGUGUGACUUUAGAGAUCACAGCCCGCCGACUCAACUCGUCCCAGGCCACACAGACAGCGGUCGCCAAUCCGGCUUUCCGUCAGUUCCAGAAGCUCUUUCUGAAGGCAUAUCUCCUGGCCCUCUGGGCAGACUGGCUGCAGGGACCUUACCUUUAUAAACUCUACCGACAUUACAACUUCCUGGAGUCUCAGAUUGCCAUCCUGUACGUAUUCGGUCUAGCUUCUUGUGUGCUAUUUGCUCCAGUGGCCGGAUGGCUACCACAGUUUCUGGGGCGGAGACAGACGUGUCUCCUCUUCUGCCUGACUUAUUCUGUCUGCUGCAUUACCAAGCUGUCACAAGACUAUUUUAUACUUAUACUAGGACGUGUUUUAGGAGGCCUGUCCACCUCUUUGCUAACCACUGUGUUUGAGGCCUGGUAUGUGCACGGUCACGUUGACGUCCAUGAUUUUCCCAAAGAGUGGAUUCCUGUUACCUUUGGUAAAGUCGCAGAUUGGAAUCAUGGACUGGCAGUAGGUGCCGGGCUGGUGGCAAACUUGUUUGCCGAAUGGCUUGGGUUGGGACCGGUUGCUCCAUUUCUCCUGGCGAUCCCUAGCCUUGCUGCCUGCGCCUGGUUUGUGCUGUCCGAAUGGGGUCAGGAGGAUAAACAAGAGGGUGCCAGUGGAGACAAAAAUGCCCCCCUUCUCAACCCUCUACAUGCCCCCAAGUUGCAAAUGUCAACAUGGGCCCGUUUUUGGCGAAGCUGUCUGGACGGGCUGCGCUGCUUGCUGUCGGACCGCCGUGUUCUGCUUUUAGGUGGCGUUCAGGCUCUUUUCGAAAGCGUGCUCUAUAUUUUUGUAUUUCUUUGGACACCUGUACUGGACCCACAUGGCCCGCCGUUAGGAAUCGUGUUUUCCUGUCUAAUGGCGGCCAGCAUGGCUGGUUCCACACUUUUCCGGCUGGCCACGUCAGCCCCAUAUCGACUCCAACCUGGUCAUCUGCUCUGCCUAGCUGUUCUGCUAGCUUUCUUCUCCUUCUUCAUGCUGACAUUCUCCACUGUGCCCGGUCAGCCCCGGCCGAGGGAAUCUCUGCUAGCCUUCCUUCUGCUAGAACUAGCCUGCGGGCUUUAUUUCCCAGCGGUGAGUUUUCUCCAAGGCCGAGUGGUUCCCAUGGAGCGCAGAGCCGCCGUGCUGGCCUGGUUUCGUUUGCCUCUUCACCUCCUUGCUUGUCUGGGGCUGCUGGCUCUUCACGGGGAGGUGUCUGGGGCCGGUGCGGGGGAGGCUGGCAGUGGCACCAGACACAUGUUUGCAGGAUGUGCGGGGAUGAUGCUGGCCGCUCUGCUUGCUAUCGUCAGCCUUUUCACCUUGGGCAGGAAUGAUGCCGACCUGAGACUAGAGGGGACCAAAUUAGAGGGAGAAAUCUGAGUUGUAACAAGAUGGACACUGGAUUUCAAUAGGAGGACUUUGGUUUUAUAUGCUGUUCUUUUUCUUUAUGAAUGCUGUUUUAGUUAAAUAAUUGUAUUCAUGGGUUAAACAAAUCAUAAAGUACAUGGUUUAUUUUUUUUCUUCUGAUUGCAAUUGUUAAUAGAACCAAUAAACUCUUUAAAAUCUGCAAAUUUUAAAAAAAAUUUUUUUUAUCAAUCUGCCAUCCAGCCAGAAAAGCAAGAACAGAUGUUUAAUUUUAUGCUUAAUAGGAAUGUAAUCUUGGAUUUAAUAUUUUUUGUCCACUUAUUUUGUUUUGAAUUAGAACAGUUUUUGUAUUUCUUUUUAGAACUAACUGAUCAUGGGACUCAUUGAUCUGAGCUUAUCCUUCUCCAUUUUUGAGUAAAAACAAGAAUUUUUUUGGAUAAUUUGGAGGUGGAGAAAAAAAAAUGGAGGUGCAUAAAUUCAGAUUAGAGAGGCCCACAAUUGAUCAGUUCCAAAAAGAAAUACAAAUCCUGUGCUAAUUGAAAGAAAACAAGUUGAUAAAAAUAUUGAAUACAAUAUUCGGUAAUAACAUAAUUAAAGAUAUGAAUCUUUUUGUUAUUAUUAUUAUUUAUACAAAAAAAUGACCAGGAACUCCUGGUAAAUGUAACAAGAUGUAGGAGUUGUAGGAGUUGUUUUACCCGUUUGUCCAAUGCGAUAACAUUAACUAGCAUUUUUGAGUAUAAAAAUAUCCUCUCUGGGUUAAAAUGACCAAAACACCACAAGAGUGUUUUUUAAAAUGGCGGUAACCUGGGGUUAAGUGCAUUGUGAAAAGCCAUAGAAAUGUAUUUCUUAUUUUAAAAAAAUCUUUUUUUAAAAUGAGUCUAUUAUUGUGCUGCACACAGACCAUUACAUAGAGGUUAAUGUAAGCAUUUUCUUUUAUUGAAAUCAAUGGCAACUGAACAAAUUAAGGCUCGUGAACAAACAUUUUAGAAAGCACUGUAAAUAAAUGCAUAUUUUAAAAAUAUAAAAAUAAAAAUUACAAAAUAAAAAAUCUAUUGUGAAUGACCACAGACAUCAAUAUAUUUCUCAUGUAUUUAACUUCCAGUCAUUCCGGUUCAGAGUAGGAAUCACCUCUUAUCGCAAUUCAUAACAAACAUCCCAGAUUAAGUACAUUUCUAUGUGAGAAUCAACGUGCCGAGAGAUUCAUCUCAGAAAUUUUACUAUACAUUUGUUGUGGUUAUAGUAUUGAAAAUGAGUAACAGCAGUACAUAAAAUGAAAUCAUAGAGUAUUAAUGCAUCUUCACAGUUGUAUAUGGCUUGUGUGUGAGGUGGUAUAGAACUCUCAUACAAUGUUUAUAAUUCAGGUAUAUUCUUGUGUUUACUGCAUGGCAAACAUUUAAUGUUCUCUCACAGUUUAUUCUAAGUCAAGUUGAGUUUAAUGUACAAGUGAACAAUACUGGAAAACUUACAAAGAAAGAAAAACGUAUCAUUUUCUUUGGUUAUAAACCCAUUAAAUUAAAUAGUGGCAUGCAAGGGAUAUACUAGUUUAAAUGAUGAACUGAUUUUUAUUAUAAGUUAUUCUAUUGAAUAUCAAGGUUCAGGCUCAGAACUGGAACUUGACAUUGACAUUUUAUUCCACCUCCAUUUCAAGAACUUUACUCAUCAAGUUACUCGGUAGACUUUUGAGGACUUUGCUAGUGAUGAAAAAAAAAAAGAAACAAUUAAAUAGGAAAGAAAAUGCUCAGAUUGGCAGUUUUAUGAGGAACAUUCUGUUCUCUUCAGUGUUUUUGGUUUUUGCAUUCUUGGUAAAGUGUAAUAUUCUGAAAAUGUAGGCCUGUAAAAUGUUUGCAAUCACUGAUUCUUCACCGAAUGCCGAAACAAAUAGUUUCAGACCAGAAAAUUGUCAUGCUAACAGCGAUGUGUUGCAUUCUGCUAAUAAACAAUGUUUCAGCGGUGAUCUGCACUAAAAAGUGAAUCUUUAGAUACUGAGAAAUUUUCAGAAUGGUUUGAUAAUUCUAAGUUUCUAAAAAUCAGAAAUGCAAAGUGUUUGGAAACCCAUCAAUUGCUGAUAAUAAAAAAAUAAGAAACAUUAUUUUGGGCUUUAAGUUGGCUUGGCCUUUGUGCUGUACCAUAUAACUGAUUUAACCUACAGGUGUCCUAAAUGGCAGAAUGUGCAGUGUUUAUAAUCUGGACAGAACAACAGAACAUAGUAAUGCUGUAUGCAAGCCUAAAAUGAAUAAAAUAAAUAACCAGUAAAUCUUAAAAAUAAU